AUGGACUCUGACAGCGACAGUGAUGUCCCUUUGGACCAAAUUCACGGGUCGUCGAAUAACUCUGAUGAGACUUUCGAAACGAAAAUGGAGGUCGACGCGGACGACGAAGACGAGAAUGAGGAAGUCGAGAUUGAGAUUGAAGAGGGAGAUUCUGAAAGCGAUGACGACGAGAAUGAUGACGAGGACAAUGAGCAAGAAAGUGUAGAAGGACCGCAAGACGCUGAAGACCAAGUUGAUGGUGACGAGGUCAGUGAUGACGGUGAGGAUGAUGAAGACCGUGACGAUGAAGACUACGAUGACAAUCAACCGCUUGAUGCCGAACUCUGCAAUGAUCCUGCUCUUGGAAGUCAACCAGAUUCGAGUGGAGACGCAGCCUACGAAGACGACCCGGACGAUGAUAGUGAUGAUGAUGUUCCUUUAUCAGCGAGCACUGGUACUUUUAGCAGGUUGCAUAAACGCCCUUUCACUGCCCAACCGAAGAGCGAACUGAAAGCUAAAGCCAAGGACGAGGGGCUUGCCGCAGACGGGGAAUCAGACUCGGAUGAUGACAUUCCUCUUGCCGCACGUAUCCCAAGGAAAACGGAACCCAGGAAGAGAAGAGCGCCGACAAAAAAGACACCUGCGACGAAGCGCCGCAAAACUACAACUACGACGCGAAAGGCAGCGUCAAAGACUACUACCAAUACUUCACGAAAAGUCAAAAGGCAAGAUGAUGCGCCUUCGAAGAAAUUUGAGAAACCGGGUCAGCGGAGGGAGGUACCCCUGGAAAACGAUCCUGCACGGCUGUUCUAUCAAAGUAUGUAUCACGAAAAACGCAAAAGGGGGAAAAACUCAACCAUGGCGGAGACGUGGAUGCUGAGACAUGGCUUGCUUGAAGAUGCCCUCGCGAAGAAGGUAUUGGCAAAGUUAACAGCAAAGUAGGGACUUUCGUUCUUUCCUAGGUGCUUAUUUAGAUAUCCUUGAGCUCGCUCGCCGCAUAAGCGUAUAUUAUGUAUACUCCAAGGCAAGUGCCCACGUCUGCUUUGUGUGCAUGCCACUACCCAACGUAAAGCACCGUUACUUUGUCCAGGAA